AUGAUUGAGUUAGGUCUGAGCCGCGUUUCGCGUCUCCUACAACAAACUCCGUUCAACUGGAAAGCCAUCCAUAUUGCGGGGACAAACGGCAAAGGCUCCAUCAGCGCCUAUCUUUCCCACCUUCUCUCGUCUGACGGUGUUCGAUGCGGUCGCUUUACAUCUCCACACUUGAUCGAUCGCUGGGAUUGUAUUACAAUUGGGGAACGGGUUGUUCAAGAAUCUCUCUUUCGCCAAAUCGAAGACCAAGUCAAGCUCCGAGACCAGAAGUUGGGGAUUGGAGCAUCCGAGUUCGAGCUCCUGACGGCAACCGCUUUUGAGAUAUUCAAUCAUGAACAAGUCGAAAUUGGCGUGGUUGAGGUAGGCAUGGGUGGCCGCUUAGACGCCACAAAUAUACUGAGCAAUGUGCUGGUCUCUGUGAUCGCCAAGAUCGGAAUGGAUCACCAGGCAUUUUUGGGUUCAACACUUGAAGAGAUUGCACAAGAAAAGGGCGGGAUUAUGAAGCCAGGAGUACCUUGCGUGGUUGAUAAUACCAAUGAGGCGGCUGCGUUGAGGACCUUGUCUAGCCAGAUUCAAGAGCUUGGUAUUGACGCAACAUUUGUCUCUCCAGACAAGGUGCAGGAACAAUUACCGCCACUCGCACAAUUAUUUGAAAGAUUAGACCUCGAGCCUCAUCAAAAAGAGAACAUGUGCUGUGCCGUGUCAGCAUUGCGUCUCGCUUUACGCACAAUUCGCCCAGAAAAAGACGCCUUUUCAUUGCUUCCACAACUUGCUAACGUCAAGUGGCCUGGUCGCUUGGAGGAUAUCAGUAUUCAGUCUCUCGUUGGCCGCGAAGAACCUGUCCUUCUUGAUGGUGCUCAUAAUCCCCAAUCGGCCGAUGUCCUCGGCAAAUAUGUUGAUCGCAAAUUGCGAUCCCAAUCCCAAAAUGUGACUUGGGUGGUCGCCGCUUCAAGUGGAAAGGACUUGGCUGGCGUCUUCCGUUCCAUCAUUCGACCCGGAGAUAAUAUCGCCACAGCUGAAUUUGGGCCUGUGGAUGGAAUGCCUUGGGUUAUGCCUACCAAUGCAACAGAACUUAAGGGGGCUAUCGAAUCUAUGCCAGAUGUUGGUAAAGUGCAGAGUUUUGAAGGCGAUCUUACUCCCGCCCUUAAAUGGGCCAGCGAGGUGGCUCAAGGUAGUCCCCUUGUUAUUGCUGGUAGUCUGUAUUUGAUUUCUGAUGUGCAUCGCUUGCUACGAGAUGCACAGAAAUGA